AGGAAUCUGGCCCGGAAGUCUGUGACACGGAGACGGCCCCGGCCCCCGUUCUUAUCCUAGAGUGCCUACGGAUGUCCUCCGGGCGGAGCCUCGGGCAGCUUCCGGCCGGGGCGUGCGACAGCGGUGCGGGCUUUGUGGCCGCCCGGGGUUGCCCGCCUGGAUGCGGCUCGGCUUGGUUCCGCGCCGUUCUCUCGCCGCCGGGCUCCGGAUUCUCCUGUAGGAGCUAGUGGCAAGAAGGGGAUCCGGAAGCCUGAAUUUCUGGGGAUGAAAAUUCACAUGAGAUGAUGUCAGACAAAUUCACAGUGCUGGAGCCCUCUGCCUCUGAGUCCCGGGAAUUUCAUGAAGACAGAUUGGCACAGCUCUUGGGGAACCCAGAAAAGCAGAGCCUGGAAAGUCCCUCCUCUCAGGACGGGAGCUUCACUCAGAUGACAGUGACCCACUGGAAGAUUCAAACAGGAGACACAGCCCAAAGGUGUAGUAAGUCAGGAAGAAAUCCCAUUCUCAACUCAAACCUUCUUAUACUUCAGAGAGAACUUAUAGAAGGGGAGGCCCAUUCCUAUGGUGUUGGCGGCAAAAACUUCCCAUUGAAUUCAGAUGUAGUUCCGCAUCAGAUCUCUCACACAGGGGAGAAGCCUUAUAAAUGUGAUCAUUGUGGGAAAGGCUUCAGUCAAGCCUCCCUUCUCACUGAACACCAAAGAGUCCACACUGGGGACAGACUCUAUGUGUGCAAUGUGUGUGGGAAAGACUUCGUUCACUAUGCAAACCUGAGGGAGCAUCAGCAUGUCCAUACAGGGGAAAAGCCAUUCAAGUGUGCACAGUGUGGAAAAGCAUUUUGUCACAGUUCAGACCUGCUUCGACACCAGAGGGUUCAUACCAGAGAGAGGCCUUUUGAGUGCAAAGAGUGUGGAAAGGGCUUCAGUCAGAGCUCCUUACUCAUUCGCCAUCAAAGAAUUCACACAGGAGAAAGGCCCUAUGAGUGUAACGAGUGUGGAAAAUCCUUCAUUAGGAGUUCAAGCCUUAUCCGCCAUUACCAGAUCCACACAGAAGUUAAACAGUAUGAGUGCAGAGACUGUGGCAAAGCCUUCCGACACCGCUCAGACCUCAUCGAGCACCAGAGAAUUCACACUGGAGAGAGGCCCUUCGAGUGUCAGGAGUGUGGGAAGGCCUUCAUUCGGAGCUCGAAGCUCAUUCAGCACCAGCGAAUUCAUACUGGAGAGCGGCCUUAUGUGUGCAAUGAGUGUGGGAAGCGUUUCAGUCAGACAUCCAACUUCACUCAGCACCAGAGAAUCCACAGUGGAGAAAAACUCUAUGAGUGUAACGAAUGUGGGAAGGCGUUCUUUCUGAGCUCAUACCUCAUACGACACCAGAAGAUCCACACUGGUGAACGGGUGUAUGAGUGUAAAGAGUGUGGGAAGGCUUUUCUGCAGAAGGCCCACCUCACUGAGCAUCAGAAGAUCCACACUGGAGACAGACCCUUCGAGUGCAAAGACUGUGGGAAAGCCUUCAUCCAGAGUUCUAAGCUAUUGUUGCAUCAGAUUGUUCAUACCGGAGAGAAGCCCUACGUGUGCAGUUACUGCGGAAAAGGCUUUAUUCAGAGAUCCAACUUCCUUCAGCACCAGAAGAUGCACACUGAAGAGAAACUCUACAAGUAUAGCCAGCUUGGGAAAGAUCUGACCCCACCUCCAGAUCUUGUCCACCAGGAAGAUCUUUCCCUGAGUGAGAACUCCGUUCAUUUAGGAGAGAGGUCUACAGAUCGGGAGUGUUGUGGAGAUAAUUUAUAAGACAGUCACUCUGAGUCGGGUGGUGCUUGUAAACAGGCAUACUUAGUACAUAUAUGGCUUAGAAGAUGUGGAUUGUCACACUUUUUCAAGUCAUUGAUAGGCUGUUACUGGUCUGUUGUCUGUCACCAGGGCAGGCAAGCAGAAGGACUGGACAGCUGAUCUUGAGCUGUACACUGAGGGAGAACCUCUAGAGAAUUUUCUAGGUUUUAUUUGAAGUUACAACACACUCUCAAGUACUUUCAAAGAAGAGCUGUCUUAUUACUUGAGAAAUGGUUCCCUGUCUGAUUAGAGAAAGGGACUUUUCUCAUGCAAAACUGCAAGUUGGUUCCCUGUUGUGUGGGGCUCCUCUCUGGCCUUUGCUUCCUCAACUGUUUGAUGCCUGGUAAUGCAGUUGAUGCAAUUGCCACCCCAUCCUCCAGGCUGCUCCCACUCCUGUCCCGGUGUCUCCCAGUUGCUCCUGGUCAUUAUGUAUCAUUUCUCAGGCAUCAUGCCCAAAAGUGCUUCCCUGGUACUGAGCUGGAUUCGUGUCUUGUGCUUCUGUUGCUCAGUGUUUGCCACUGCUACUGUACUUGCUAUUAAAUACCACAAUCACGAAUUUUCUCUUUCCUGUUAUGCUGUUUCCCGAGGACACUAAUGAUGUGUCAUUGACUCCUAUGUCCCUAGUGUCUUGCACCUGACAAUAAACAAAACAAAAAUCCCAA